CUUUUUUUUAAGAACAAAAAUAUUCAUGCGUGGGUUUGAGUCCUCCUUUGUCGGCAGGUUUAUUUCUGUAAGCCAUGAUAUAAUACCUGGCUAAUCAGCUGGUGUGGAUGAGUUGACGUGAUUCCUUCGACACGAUAUCUUCCUGACAGACGUUUACAUUGGGCUAGGUCUUACCUGUAACUUGAGACACCCUGAUUAGUUACCAUGAAGCUUCUUUGGGCUGCGAUCUUACUUGCCUUUUUGGCGUUAGCUUCAGCCAGACCAAGUCAUGGUCCAGGGAAAACAUUAGGAAAUGCUCCUCCAUCUGGACUAAUAACUAAAUCAUCAGGUCCAUCAAAGACGCCCAGAAAAUAUGAAAGAGGAUUAUAAGCAAGGAUUCUAUUAGAACUAUAUGCUAGGAGACAGAAAGAACAUAAAAAAGUGAAACUCGAUGGACCCGUCCCAACUGGUCUUCCAAAACUUAGACCAGAAAGGAAAGAAAACGACGGGAAUUUCUUAGAUAAAGCUUCCGGAAGUGCUCCCGAGGAACUGUCAAAGAAGCGAAGGCUACGAAUGUCGGAAAAUCCACCGAAGGAUAAACUUUUAGACAUCUCUUCCGGAAGUGCACCUGAGGAACUGCCAAAGAAGCAAAGGCUACGAAUGUCGGAAAAUCCACAGAAGGAUAGUCUCUCAGAUAUUGCUUCCGAAAGUGCUCCUGAGGAACUGUCAAAUAAGCACAGGCUUCGAAUGUCGGAAAAUCCACAGAAGGAUAGGCUCUCAGAUAUUGCUUCCGGAGAAGCUCCCGAGGAACUGUCAAAGAAGCACAGGCUUCGAAUGUCGGAAAAUCCACAGAAGGAUAGUCUCUCAGAUAUUGCUUCCGGAGAAGCUGCUGAGGAAUUGUCAAAGAAGCACAGGCUUCGAAUGUCGGAAAAUCCACCGAAGGAUAGUCUGUCAGUUAUUUCUUCCGAAAAUGCUCCUGGAAAGGCUGAGACAUUGUCAAAGAGAGAAAGACUGAUACUAUCUUGGCUCAGAGGGUAGUUUCAUAUACAAUGUACAUGUCUUGCGGAAGUGCUCCACAGGAACUGUCAAAGAGACAAGGCUUGUGAAUAUUUUGAAAUCCACCGAAAAAUAAUCUCAGAGACAUUUCUUAGGGACUUAUACCUCCUUACAAAACAUUUCUUGUCUCGCCAAUUUGUUAUCUAUUUUUCUUUUUUAAUUUUUCGAUACAAUAAUUAUUUAUUUGAUACUUCAUACUGUUUACUUAAAAAGUAGGAAGCAAAUCAAAUGUGCUCAUGAUGAAUUUCAUGAAUUUCGUGUUUUUUUUUCUCUCAUUUGUGUUUCAAAAAUAAAUAUGAUCCGGUGAAGAA